AUGAGGCAUUGGUUACUUAUAAGUAUAACAGUCCCCGUGACCGACGGGGAGGACUCGACGGAGGUCCCUGUGGCCGACGGGGAGGACUCGACGCACGUCCCUGUGGCCGACUGGGAGGACUCGACGCACGUCCCUGUGGCCGACGGGGAGGACUCGACGGAGGUCCCUGUGGCCGACGGGGAGGACUCGACGGAGGUCCCUGUGGCCGACGGGGAGGACUCGACGCAGGUCCCUGUGGCCGACGGUCAGGACUCGACGGCCGGCGGGGAGGACUCGACGGAGGUCCCUGUGGCCGACGGGGAGGACUCGACGGAGGUCCCUGUGGCCGACGGGGAGGACUCGACGGAGGUCCCUGUGGCCGACGGGGAGGACCCGACGGAGGUCCCUGGGUCCGACGGGGAGGACUAG